AUGGCGGCGCAAAGAGGAGCAAACGUUGUUGAGAAGAAGAAGAGAUCAAAGAAGAGAAGGACGAGGACCGAAGUCUCGUCAUCGAGCGAAAGUGACAGCGAUGUCUCAAGCCCAAGGAGCCAAAAAGUGGCUGCGGUAGAAGAAGAGGCCAAGGAGCCUUCACCGGCACCGACACCCGCCAAGAAAGAGAAGAAAGAGAAGAAGAAGAAGUCUCAAACUGCCAGUGCACCGGAUGCUCAGCCAGACGAAGAUGUUGUCAUGAAGGAUGCGCCAGCUCCUGCACCGCAAACAAAAGCAGCGUCAAAGGUCAGCAAACAGGCGCAAGAGGACUUCAGCGCUAUCUAUCUACGCAAAGUCGCAGCCGAGUUCGCCGAUGAUCUUGACAAAGUGCGUGAAGCGCAAGACUUCAAGGCGAGUAGCGUGCCGAUGCUCAUUCAUGCACUCAAGCAAGGCGAAAGUCUGUUCAGUGUAGAAGAGCGAAGAAGGGUCGCUGGGGCUGCAAACGCGUAG